AUGUUUUCUUUCAUUGCUUUUACUAAUCCUCUCUUCCUAAUUCCUGUGUUUCUUGAACCUUCGAUCGGACAUUUGUUAUCUUCCCUUUCCUUUCCUUUCCUUUCUUUCUUUCUUUCUUUCUUUCUUUCUUUCUUUCUUUCUUUCUUUCAUCUUGACAUUUUCUUAUUCUUCUCGAAUUUUUCUUUCCUUUUCGUGAUAUACUGUUGUGCACCACUCCAUUUUAAAUACAUUCUUUCUUUCUUUCUUUCUUUCUUUCUUUCUUUCUUUCUUUCUUCUGCAAGUCUGUUUUUCUCACCUCUUUCAGCCCCUAUCUAUCUUUCAUUUUCACGCGCGCCUCGACGCGUUUCAAGAGCUGAUCUAUCAGAGCAUUUUUUCUAUGUAACGAGUUCAAUCAAUCAACUCAGAGCGCUCCACUCUUUUUUCCCUACCCCCUCUUUCUCUAUUGAUUCCGCUGUCUUUCGCAAUACUUUUCUUCUUUUUCUAAUCUCAAAACUUCUAUCUCUUCCCCGUCACUGUCUCUUUCUUUCUUUCUUUCUUUCUUUCUUUUAA